AUGCAAAGCAUACCUCUUCGUCCUAAUAACUCGAACGCAGCAGGUGUUGAACCAUUGAUGCCAUCGCAUAAUGACCAUGUGUCCGUGAAUGUGAAUUCGUCCGAAAUGCCAUCAACGUUCACCACCAGCACGGGGGGCGACUUUUAUGUUGAUUUACAAUAUCCGCCGCCUCAAUCGCAGUCCAUGCGUUUACGUCUCCGAAAACGAGCUUCUAGUAAUCCAUCUCUAUCGAAUGCAGUGGCCGAGAACCUCCGUCGACGAGUCGAUCGUGUUAAAAAGAACAAGCACCCGAAAGAGAUGCGAAUGUUCAAACAACGUUUGCAAUUGGCAGUCCGUAUUGCAAUCGGAGUCCUGUUGGCUGACGUGGUGCAAACCCGUGGAAGUGAUCGGGAAUGGCUCUUGUUGCCAUCCAAUUACUACCUUGGAGGCCUCACGGUCGCCUCGAUGAUGGUCAUCUACGCUGCCUCCAAUACAGUAGGUGGCGUGCUGGAACAGGUGUGGCAGAUUGAUGUGGGCGUUGCCAUUGCACUAUUGUACAAUUUUGUGGUGUUCGCAUGUGUCCCGAUAACCCAAGGCAACCUUAUGACUGUCUCCAAAAACCUGAAAGGCAGCACGUAUUACGUUAGUCUGCAAGAUUGGGGUACGACCCUCCCGUUGCUUGCACUCUUUACACUAGUAGUACUGCUGUUACCUAUCCAAAGGAACGUGAAAAAAUUUGCUGUCAGCACCAACUUGUAUUUCACAUUGACAAUUGUCAACCCAAUGAAUCCGAUAUUCACCACAGCGCUCAAAGACAACUCGGAUGGCAAUAGUUAUUAUGGCAAGAAUAACCUGCUCAAACAGCUAGCCAUCUACAGCGCUGUGGGCGUUGUUGGCACUUUGAUCGCGCUCGUAAUCAUGAUACUUCCUUAUCCGAUCUUUGCGAUGCGAAAAUUACGGAGGCACAUGGCUGCGUCGCCGCAUGAUAUCCGUGAUAUUCUGAACCUGAUAGUCGAUUCGUAUUGUUUCCGCGCCAAGGAUAUCAAGAAAAUGGACUUCUUUAAGCUGAGACUUGAUCGGCUGCUGGAGAAUGCACAUGAGCGUCUCGCGACUAUGGAGUCACUGUUGAGUGACUGCUGGUGGGAAGAGCUUGUUGGGUUCGGCGCUUGCUUCCACUUCAACAAGACUGUGGCCAAGCAGCUUGUACAACUGUAUGCAAAGCUUCUUGCAGACUUGCACUCAAUGAAAUUUGCCAUUGAAGCAGAGACAUGCCAUUGGACGCAUGUUGUACUGCUCAAGAAGAUGCAGACGCAAUUCUACGUGCUGCAAAUUGAAGCAAACGAUUUGCUUGAGGACAUCUCGCUCGAGAUCGUACAUUCAUCUCGAAGUAUGUCUUCACCAAAAUUUGCCAGUCUAAAGCGGGCAGUAGAACAGCUCAUGGGAAAGUACACGAUACUCUACGGCAACUUGCUUUCGGCUGAUGUCCACACAGCACAUGAUGUGGGCAAAACGAUGCCACUAAACGUAUUCGUGUACUCGUUUCACGUAUUUGUGAUUUCAUUGCUAGACUUUGAAGGUACUUUCAAUGGGAAGAAUUUCUCGGCGCGGUACCGAGUCAGAAAUUUUCUGAAGCUAGCAUACCAAGGUUUGCUGCACCCUACCAACUACCCGCGCCGUCUUAUUAUCUUCGCAUUUCGGACAACAUUGGCAAUUAUAUUUGGAAUUUGCUGCUCAACUUUCAUCUUUGCUUUCAGUUCUACUGCGCCUACAGCCAUCGCAAUGGUUGCCGAAGAUAAUAUUGGCGGUACCUAUGGAAAUACGGUGAACCGCGUCGGAGGUUUGGUGGCGGGAACAGUGGUGCCAUCCAUAUUUAGCUUUUUCGUGUGCGCAGUGGUGGAUGAUGACGUGUACAAUACGCUGAACAACAUUGUAUUGUUCGUGUGGACUGUUGGGUCCAUGUACGUAUGGUUUUGUGGCCGAUAUAUGGCACUGGCUGGAAUGACGUCAGCUUUCAUGGCUGCCUCGGUGUUACUCGACCACGGUUGCCGAAAUACAUCGUCCUCAACGACGGUAUCAUACGCAAGUCUCACUCAGAAUGCCCUAGGUAUUCUCAUCCUGAUGGUUGUGGAACUUGUGAUUUACCCUCGCAGCUCGCGCGGCCUACUUCGUAGUAAUAUACAGCAAUUAUUGAUGCAGUACCGCCGAGUGUUUCGCGACGUAUUUCGUCACCACAUUGCGUACAAUCGUCCAGCACGCAUUUCCACAGGACCUCUCACUGAAGAAGACAUCGAGACAGCUAAUGCUCUGCUAAGUCGCACUCAGAUUAAGGCGUUGAAAUUUCAGAUGAAGACCGCAAUCCCUGAGCUGUUGAAGACUCAAGCGAACCUCCUAGAUGGCUCUACCAUGGAGCCAACCUUGUGGAAGCCGCCGUUCUCUACAUCGAAGUACACAAAAGUUUUAGCCGUUUGCCGCGAACUUCUCGAUCGAAUCGAUGUUUUUGUGGACCUCAUUGACUGGCACGAAAAUCGUCGAAGCAGCGGAAAAGACAAGCUUUUGCGACGUUGGCACCAGAGUCGGAUCGACGCUGAAUGCACUGCAGCAUUUACUGCAGCACAGGAACCUCCCUCUCCGACUUCAGCAGCCGUCGCAGAAAUGGUGGGUGAGGAAAGGUUUCGAACUGGAAACUCUUUGUCACCACAGUCUCCAUCCUCACCGCUGCCCAACGUAACUACAACAUCGCCUGCUGUGGCAAAAAUCAAGUGGGACCAGAGUUUGGCAAUCGUAGAGGUUGGUAUUGUCGAAGCCUUUGAUACACUAGCGACUUUGUUCGGAGUAGAGUUUUCAGGCUCAAAUGCAGAAGAUCACGCGAUCUACUUGCAGAUGAAGGAAGCCUUUCGUAUCGCCGACGUGCACCGUCGCGGUGUUGUAGAUGUCUCGGAGCUUAGUCUUUUGCUGGAAAAGCUCAUGCCGUACGCUGGUAGCCAAGGCAUCGAAGGAAUGGAACAGUAUGUGGACGAAUUCAUGCAGCUGGUGGACAAGGACAACGACGGCAAGAUUUCGUUCAGCGAGUUCAUGCAGGCGCUAAACGAAGGUUUUCGACUGGAGCUCGAGAUCUACGAUGAUCAACCGCAAGUUCCGAUAUCGGACGUGGUGACGCCCAAUGGAGCACAGCCUACUCCCUCCAGUGGCAUUCGCUUGCUUCAUAGAAGCACACUUCGCCGCAACUCUAUCCAAUCCAUGCAGGCAGACGAAUCUGAAGAUCCCUCAACUCCUGGCAGACAAAAGCACGUUACUGUUGUUGCUCCGUCACCUCGACCUCGUCGAUCAUCCAAUUUCGUCGACAUGGCAGCCUACCAGAUGUCAAAUCUCACAUCUACCCUUUCCGAGGAUACGAGGCCAAUGAUGAACCCCAGCCGACGAUAUCUCUUCCGUGGUAUGUCAUCAGCUAGCGAAAGUUCCGCACCUGAAGCUUUGCUCAAUGUCGAAUCUUUCACACUGACAGAAGCUGCGAUGGCUUUGAAAGAGAGUUAUGGGGAGUGUUUGCUGGGAUACGUAGACGACCACAGCAAACGCGUAACGAUGGAGGAUUUCAUUCUUAUGAGCUGCGUCAUCAGCGCUUGUGAAAAUAUCGCCGAGAAUUUGACACGUUUGAACACACUGGCGGCUUCAUAG